GGGCUUUUGCUGCAGGUGGGAAAAAACCGGUGCGGGCGGGCGCUUUGCUGCCCUUGGGCCGGCGAAGGCGUUGCUGUCAUGGCGUCUCGCUUCGUCCCUGUGAUCAAGUUCCUGCUCAAAGGAGGCUUAGCGGGAGGCUCCAUCUAUGUGGUCUAUAGCCAAGGGCUCCUUGGUGGAGGGGAAGAAGGGGCCCAGGCCCUCCACAAGGCCAAAGAGGCCCUCCCGCCGGCCCUGGAGGAGUGGGCCAAGUAUUUUGGCUGGCAGUUCCCAGCCAUCCCCAAGACCGACUUUUCCCUCUGCAACACCUGGAACUCGGGGGUCCGGACAGUCAUCGGCGGCCUCUCAGUGGCCCCCACGCGGGCCAGCGAAUAUACCCAGUACGGCUGGAAGUACAUGAAGGAUCUUGUGAAAUGACACCUGCAAUAAAACCCUGUCUGGUCCCCAAGAGGCAGAAUGGCUGAGAGACUUUGAAAGAGCCCUGCCUGCGUUUGAUGCACUAGCAGUCUUCCAUUAAAUAAUAAAAUCAUCCGUUCUUCCACAAA